AGACCGGAACCCUGGCAGCUUGGAUGAAACUCUGGAAAGUGCGUUUACUUUUUCGACCGCGUUCAGCGGAAGUGCGGGAGUUUCGUCUGUUCUAGACACAGGUAGUCUAUGGCCGUGUUCGAGAGGAUCAACCCCGCAAUGUAUCAUGGGUGACAUUUUGAAUGACUGACUGAUCUACAAAUUAGAACGAGGCUUUAUUUAUCAUUCAAGGUGAUUUUUAGAUCAGUCAUUCCGCAGUCGCUUGCGGUCGUUAUGAUGCUCUCGUAAACAGCCGAUUUAAAGCGUGCGUCUUGGCACGUUAUACACCAGUUUCACACUUCAAGUCCGACAGACAACUCUUCCAGCAUAUAUACUCUCUAAAGAAUCAUGGACUUCGAUUUAGCUGACGCUCUGCCGAGCUCAUAUUCGAGUAUGGAGUUUGAUACCGAAUACCGCCCGCCUGAUGCGAAGAGUGGACCAGAGACGGAGCGCUGUGGGCUGCACGCGGACCUGAGCCUCGACUUGGAGGUUAUCCUACAGCAUCGGGGAGGCAUGAGACAGGUGGCUCACCUGGUGAUUGCGCUGCAUAGAAUGAAAAACCCCUUCCGGAAGUCCGACUCCACACACACUUCCCUAGACGUGGAGUGCACCGAAGAGCAGUUUUGCAGCAUCAUCCUGGAUAACCUGGUGGAAGAGUGUGUGAUGGUCCCGAUCCAGGAGCCAAUGGGAACGGUGACCAAAAAGGAAAAGGGGACCUUCAAGCAGAUUGGCAACCCCGAGCAGUAUAGCCUGUGUGACCAUCACCAGAAGAGCCUGGUGUACUGCAACAGAACCAUGGAGCUGAAGGCCGUCACAAUCCGGGGAGGCAACAACGGGAGAGCGAGGUUCAACCUCUCCAGGUAUAGUAAUGCCAGCACCACCACCAAUCAGGCCCUGCCAGUUGUCUUAGGGAUAGACCAAUGGAACCUCUCCUGCUCCAAGCAGGCAGACAGCGCAACUCCUGUCCUACAGUUGGAGCGCUGUGAGGACCAGUUAACAACCAUCGGGGCUCAGGAAGAAACAGUUCGCUUCCUCUUCUACAAGAAUACCACUGGCUUCUCCCUGACCACCUUCGAGUCGGCAAUGUACCCCGGCUGGUUCAUCAGCACCUCACUGGAGCCAAGCCAGCCCAUAGAAAUGUGUCAGAAACAGGACGCCAGAAAGCUCAUGAACUUCAUGGUCAGAAACUAAACACACACAAUCUGUCCCCAUAGUGUAUGUACCACGUACAACCAGAGAGAGAGUGCAGGGUGAAUCUGAGAAGAUAGACCGACUGAUAUUGUAGAGGAGUUGAAUGUUGAAUUGAUAGAGCUCUGCUUUUCUCAAACUCAAACAGCGUUACAUUGUGUGGUAACUAGCUCCUUCCUUCAACCACCGCCAAUGUUUAUUGAACGUGGUUUGGUUGUAGUGAGGGUGCUUGACCAGCAGAUGGUGCUGUGUGUUUAUUCUCUCUUCUGCAGUAUUGGAAGGCCCAGUUAGAACUGAUUGCUCUGUAGGAUAGUAACAGAAUCAAGAAGACGUUGCUUUAGCUUCGCAAUGUUUUAGCCACAAAUGUAAAUGUUCAAAGUGUUACAUAAAAAUAAAUAAGAAACUAAAUUCAUAUUGAAUUUUUUAUCUUAUGGCUACAGUGCCAAGUAUAAAAUGCAUACAUUACAGUAGAGUAGAAAAGAGUAGAAUCGUUAAUAGUUUUUCUAAGCAGUUCUCAUUUGUUAUUUUUUUUCUACUUUCUGUACUGUCUUGGAUACAAGUAAUUUUUGAAAAUGUCUCUGUUUGUACUCUGACUGAAUUAUCUGCUUUAAAUCAGUGAAGAGGAGAUUUAAUUUUUUUGUAUUUCCUAUUAGAAAGUGAAUCAUUACCUUUCAUUGUCUAACACUGCAGAUGUCAUUUUUACUUGAAGUAUUUAUCGACAUUGAAAUUGUGCCUUUUAGUGCUAUUUAUUUAUUUCUAUAAGAAUGCCAGUCAAUCAUCACUUUUCUAAUAUUACCAUUAACUUAGUUUUUUGUCUCAUAAUCUAACAUUGUACAUAAACAGCUAACAUCAACUAAUAUGUAACACACAAUGUUCUUUGUCUUCUAGCACAAAUAUUGUUGUUUUUCAAUUCUUCAAAAUGUACAGUGCCAUUCAAAAGUUUGGAUUUGAUUUGUUUAACACUUUUGUUGGUUAAUACAUGAUUCCGUGUGUUAUUUCAUAGUUUUGAUGUCUUCACUAUUGUUCUACAUUGUAGAAAUAAAGAAAAACCUUGGAAUUAGUAGGUGGGUCCAAACUUUCGACUGGUGCUGUAUAUGUUUUAACGUUUCAAUGGUUCUAUGAUGUAUUUUACUGUAUGUUGGAAAUAAAGCUAAUCUAUUCAAUGCA